AAAAGACGACGUCGUUUGAUAUUGAUUAGUUCCAGCUGAGUCUCCAUGGUUACCUCUGGUACCUUUAAGCGGUCAGCGUUUAGACCUCCUGCUAAGGGUUGACAUCGCUAAAAGCGGCCGGGCUUUAGGGAGCUGCAGGGCAGCUUGGUGUGGCUCAGGGCUUUCAGGUUGCCCGGCAAGUUGGUGCACAGGAAAUGGCAUUCUGCGGACUGCUGUAGUGGCGCAUCUCUGAAGCGCGUCUGAGGAUAUUGUGAACGGGCAGGAAAGCUGGUCCUUGCACUGACUCAUCAUGGCUAGAGGCCGGCCUCAUGGCCGGUCCAAGUCCGAUCACAGAGUCUGUCAGGAGGCUCGUUAUGCACGAGCCGCUGAGUACAGGGAGAGAAUCGCCAUCAGUGCUGAGCAGCAGGAGGCACGCAUUGCUGCUGUGAAUGCUAAGUGCAACAUGGAGGAUGCCCCUUGUAGGCAGCGGGGGCAGAAGUCGAGGGCGUCGAAGACCAAGGCAGAGGCGGCUCGGAUGUUCACAGGGAGCCGUGCUUGCAAAGAGUCUGGCAGUGCAAGGAAGAAAGCAAAGAAGGGCCUCGAACAUUCGCUUGGCAAAGCUGCAGAAAGAGACUUGCACAGUCUUCACUGCCAAGCGUGCGGCGCAACUGCAGAGUAUGGGCUGAGGGGAAGCAAGGAGGGGGGCAGCGUCAAGUACACGUGCAGAGCGCACACCACAUUGAAUGGUUGUUUUCGAGUCGACCGAGACCGCGCAGGUUGGGCAGAGGACCAAGAGAUGCGGCGCCUGAGAGCACAGGAGAGGAGAUUGGAAGAGGAGCUGCGGCAACUCGGAGGGGCCUCGUUCACUGCAAAAUCGACAUCAGCUUGGAGUGAGUCGCAAAGUACGGGGGAUGGGGCUUCAGUGCCCAUGAGCAAGUCGCUCAUAGCCACACUUCUCAUGAUUGGUGGUAUUGAAGUUAACCCUGGACCUACUGCAUACGAGAUUGCACAAAACAAAGAGAGCUGGCUAGGAGCUUAUCCGGACAUUGACAGAACGCUGCUGGAUUACCUGGCACUGAAGAACAUCAGGUUGGCCAAGUGGAGAGAGUCCACAUCCGAGCAGCGCUCCAGUCUUCUAGACCUGUGGGCACGCCGGUACACUGGGGAAUGGUUAGGGGACUGGGACAUGUUCCUCAUAGGGGUUCCGGCAGUUGCAAAGAGGGGUCAGGAUGUAGGAGCGGGCCCAUCUGCCGAUGUGGAGAUGAAGGAUGUCAAUCCAGGGAACCAAGUUGGCAGGAGUUAUGACACGUUUGUUGCCGCACUUGGCGCAAACAGCGAGGGGAUCAACAAAAGAAGAGCAAAGGGGGGCAUCUUCACCCCUCGAAUAGAGACAGUCCACAAGAUCUUGUCGCGCUUGCAAGAAACGCUGGUGUUGCUUCUGGCAGCAACUCCGUGCUCGGGGAAGACGUCCAUCUGUCAGCUCGUGUACGAGGAGGCAAGGAAGAGCCGGGUUUAUGAGUCUGAGGAUGUCAUAUACGUCAAUUGCGCCGAGGUAGGAAGUGGGGGAAAGUCGUUUGAGGAUGUGUUCUUGGAACAAGCCAGAGUUCCCUUCAACGAGGCCUCAAAGUCGCCCCCGAGCAGUCCUGAGAAGCAGCUGCAACGGUCGGCAGGCGAUGCGAGUGGCUCCCAGGCUCCGCUAUCCAGGAAGAAGCUCAUUAUUCUGGAUGAAGUGCAGACAACGUACGACACAAAUGCGCCGGGGCACUCUCUCCUGUGGCCGCUGCUCAAGCGCUUGCUGGCUAGCAAGCAAGGCGACGUUAACUUCCUUCUGUCAGCAUCCAGGGGCUCCAACCCCGCUGCUGAAGGUCUGCUGAGCACCCCCUGGGGGUUCUCUGAUGAUCAGCGUGUCCCUCUCAGGCCCCGCCCCGAUCACCCAAUGGUGGCAGGCAGCAACAUCCCAGAGCCAGCGUUGCAGUUCACAAUGGACGAAUUCCAGCAGCUGUUUGACUCUUUCCGGAAAAGCAUCGGGUUUGGUGGGGAACAGCAACCGCUUCAAACGCUGUAUGACAUCAUUGAGGCGACCACGGAGCGGCACCCUGGAAGCGUCCUCCACAUCCUGGAUGUUCUCAAGGGUCGCUCUCCAUCCAAUUACGCUGGCCGCGCAGCUGAGUGGGCAGCCAAGGAAGUGGAGUUUGUGAUAUCUCCAAGACUGCUCGAGACUCUGUCUGGUACAAGGUCAUUUCCAACAGUGAGCGAAUUUUGGAAAGACAAGAGGGCGCUUGACCUCAUCAGCAAGCUGGUAGCAUCCGGAGGCAAGGAAAGUUUGGUGGCGAUCCGGAACGAGGAUUCGGACUGUGCCGAUAAGGCUGAGGCGCUUGCCAAAUCGGGGUACAUGCUCAUGGAGCAGAAUGUCGUCUCGUUCACCAGCAGCCUGCACAUGGAGUUUUACCGAUACAACUUGGCGAGGCGGAAGUGGGGCACACCCAAGUACAUGCCGGGCUCCAUUGAGACCUUCCUGGCUGAGGCCCUCACGAAGAUGCAUCCUCCUGUGCUUCAACACAGUCUGAACCUGAGCACCCGGUGUGGUGUCCUGGGGGGUGUUCUGGAAGCACACUUCCAGUUCGAGCUGUACUCUGCCAUCACCAGCCUCCUGCCAGAAGGUGACUACCUGUCACCAACUGUCGGCAAGAUAUAUGGGCUGGAGGCCUAUGUGGAUUUUGUGCUGCAUGGGUCUAGGAAGUGGGCGCUCGAGCUUUUGGUUGACGGGAGGGAUCUGAGAGAGCACGAAAGAAGGUUUGAGCCGAAUGGUAGAUACCACCCAAUGGUAUUGGGCAAGCAGAUUGAUGCCUGGAUUGUGGUGGACCUGCGGAACCCAAAGACUGGCAAGCCGAGACGCGCGAGGGGGCCGGGAGUUUGCCACGUGUUCUUUGAUCCAACUUACGAAAGAGCCACGAUUGACUUCGGUAAUGGUAACGAGCAGCAUGUGAUCCUUACAGGUCGGGCGUAGUUGCUCGUGAAGUUCGGUCGUUUGCCCAACACUCGAGCACACUUCUUCUCGACAAUUGUGCCUUCUGCAGCGGAAAGAAGUCUUUUCGGUCGACCCUAAUCCACAAUAUAUGAAAUUCAGCGGACACAACUGCUUAUCUUGAACCAUUCAGCAUUGGCUUGUUUUGAUUGGCAACAUGCA